AUGCUUACGACAGCACCACACCUGCACAUCCGGCGGCCCUCGCCGACCACGACCGAGUUCACCGUGUCGACGCUCCCGCCCCAGACGAUGCCGCUGCGGCUUCUCCUCGCCGUCGUGAACCUGCUCCGCCUCCUGCUCGGCAUCACGGUCCUGCUGGUGCUCUACGCCAAAUGGUCGCUCUACUCGCCCUACACGGCGCCGGCGAGCCCCCCUGAGGCGCUCUCCCUCGCCUCUCUCGCGCACGCGCUCCAGCACGUCCUGGACUCGGCGCCGGGCCGUCUGGCGCAGCGCGCGGCCGCGGGGACGCCGGCGUGGGCGCUGGGCCCCGCUGCGCUGGUGGCGCUGUACGCGGCGGUGCGGCGGGUGCACGCGGCCGAGUCGCUGCUGGUGCUGCGGGGGCUGGGGAUCCAGACGAGCAGCUCCGGGGCGACGGUGCUGGGCGCCGCGGCCACACGCUUCAUCCCGACCGAGAAGAUUCAGGACGUGCUGAUCAACGAAGCCUUCCGCGGCUUCGAGGUCCGCCACUACCUGAUCGUCGUCGUCGACGGCGAGGAGGACGUCGUCGUCGUCUUCCCCAAGCUGCUGCCCCGCCGCGACGUCGUCGAGCGCGUCUGGCGUGGCGUCCGCGGCUGCCUCUUUGAUGUCAAGCCCAGGCCCAAGGACGAUGACGGGCAGGCUCGCGGGAAUGGGAGGAGGACGAACGGGAAGAUAUGA